AUGGACGAUCGCACUUCAAGUCCCAGCUUCGAAAUGGGCAAUAAUGCCAGUGUCAAGGCUGACAAGGACCUCAAGGUCACGACUGUCGCGGAACCAGAUUCGGGACGAAGCUCGACUACUAAUUAUCAUGAUAAGGAUCAAUUGGAGCGGAUGGGAAAGAAGCAGGUUCUUCGACGCAACUUUGGAUUCCUUUCUAUUCUUGGCUUCUCUUGCACCAUCCUCAUCACCUGGGAAGCCAUCCUAGUUCUCUUCGCCCAAGGUCUCAACAAUGGUGGCACAGCUGGUAUUAUCUACAGUUUCAUCGUUGUUUGGAUUGGUAACUUCUCUGUUUUUGCGACCAUGUGUGAAUUGGUGUCAAUGGCGCCUACCUCUGGAGGUCAAUAUCACUGGGUCGCUAUGAUGGCGCCGCGCUCAUGCUCUAAGUUCCUCAGCCAUCUAACAGGCAUGCUCACCGUCGGCGGCUGGCAAGGCUCCGUCUCAUCCAGCGCUUUACUCACAGGCAACAUGAUCCUGGGAAUGGCGACGAUGAACAAUGAGUCUUUCCAACCGGAGCUUUGGAUGGGAACUCUCCUCUUCUGGGCGAUUUUCCUGUUUGCUGUGUUCAUCAACACACUCGUCAGCUCGGUGUUGCCCAAGUUUGAAGGUCUCAUUUUGAUCCUUCACAUUCUUGGUUUCUUUGCUAUUCUCAUCCCGCUUGUCACGCUUGGACCUCAUGCUAGUGCUGCGGAUGUCUUCGGUACUUUCGUCAAUAAUGGUGGUUGGUCUUCUAAUGGUGUGUCGUUUAUGGUUGGUAUGAUGGGUAAUGCGUUUGCUUUCGUUGGCACUGAUGCUGCUUUCCACAUGUCCGAGGAGACGGUCAACCCAUCCGUCGUUGUUCCCACUUCUAUCCUCCUCAGUCUCUGCAUCAACGGCACCUGCGGUUUCGCCAUGGUCAUCGCCAUGGUCUUCUGUAUGGGCAACGUCGACGACGCAUUCGCCUCAGGCCCAGGCAUGCUCGGCUUCCCUCACAUGUACAUCUUCGAACAAGCGACCAACUCCCGCGCCGGCGCAACCGUCAUGUCUGCCAUUAUCGUCAUCCUCGCUAGUUGCGCGACUGUCGGUAUGCUGGCCUCGACAUCACGUGUCUUCUGGUCUUUUGCUCGUGACCGUGGUCUUCCUGGUUGGAGAACGCUUUCAAAGGUCAGCGAGAGGACUACCGUUCCUGUGUACUCUGUUCUUUGCACGGCUGCUAUUUCGAUCUUGUUGUCGCUCAUCAACAUUGGAUCGCCUGUUGCGUUCCAGAACGUUACUUCAUUGUCCAUCUCUUGUCUUUACUCGUCUUAUCUCAUCGCCGCUGGACUGCUUCUAUACCGUCGAACUACCAAGGGCUUCGCUCUGCCUACCACUGGUACCACCGACCUGCCCGCCCUCGCCAACACUACCGGCGCCGAACUUGUCUGGGGACCUUUCCACCUCAAGGGUGCUCUUGGUAUCGCGAACAACGUGUUUGCCAUGUGCUACCUCAUUGUUGUCGGAUUCUUCAGCUUCUGGCCUCCCAUGGUGGAUCCUACUGUUGACAUGAUGAACUACAGCGUUGUUGUCACGGGUGGUCUUGUCAUUUUCAGUGUUAUUUACUACUUUGUCUGGGCCAGGAAGGAGUACAAUGGUCCUAUCGUUGAGAACUAG